UUACUAUCUCUAUUGUCAUACGCGGUACACCCUCCCUCUCUGUGAGUAAUCUCUCUCGUCUCUACUAAGCCAAAACCAUAGGAAGGGAAGCCCUCUUUUCUUCUUCCUACAAUAUCCAAUAAAUCCCCUGAAAUUCAGAACCCUUUUCCAAAAAGAUGGAAAAUUUAGCCCUAGUUUCUUCAAAACCAGUAAUGGGUUUAAGCAAUUUCCCUGGUUGUAGAAUUAUUUCUACCAAACAAUGCUUUGGUCUUCCUCUUCUACCCAAGAGAACAAAAGGGUCUGUCUUUGUUUCAAAACCCAGAUCAAAAACUGUUCUUUUUGCUUUGUUUUCCUCUAAUUCCAACAAAAAAGUUGUUCAAAGUACUCCUGAAACAGCUGAUAAACAGACCACUUCUGUUGGGGUUAAUCCACUUCCUUAUGCUGCUCCUCCCCCUUCUCAAUUUGGGUCACCUUUGUUUUGGAUUGGGGUUGGUGUUGCAUGUUCUGCACUUUUCUCUUUUGCUUCUUCAUGGUUGAAGAAAUUUGCUAUGCAACAAACUUUCAAGACUAUGAUGAGCCAGAUGGGAUCUCAAAACAAUCAAUUUAGCAAUGCAGGCUAUGGAUCUGGCUCACCUUUCCCAUACACACCUCCAUCUACAUCAGGAUCUAAUCCAUUUGGUUAUCCUUACCAACCACCUUCUACAUCUGGAAUGAGUACCUCAUCAAAGUCAACUACUACAUCUGCAUCAAGCCGGGCUACUUAUCCAUCUCCUGCUGCUUCUGAAGCUUCUGCAGUAGUAGAUGUUUCUCCGACUAAAACAGAAUCAUCAGAACCUGAAGUUGUUAAAGAGGAAACGGAAAAUAAGACUGAAACAAAAAGAUCUGCAUUUGUUGAUGUUUCUCCUGAAGAAACUUUUCAAAAUACAGCAUUUGAAAACUAUAAUGACUCAUCUUCACCGACACCAUCCGAGAUUACUAAAUUUGCUGAGGUUGUACAAAACGGAGCUGCUUCAACAGAAAGUACUUCCGAGCAGGAUCAAUCUACACGGAAAAAGGGUUCGUUGUUAUCAGUGGACACUUUGGAGAAAAUGAUGGAAGAUCCGUCUGUCCAGAAGAUGGUUUUUCCACAUCUUCCUGAGGAGAUGAGAGAUCCCGCUACCUUUAAAUGGAUGCUACAAAAUCCAGUAUACCGUCAGCAGUUGCAAGAAAUGUUAGACAAUAUGGGGGGAACUCCAGAUUUCGACAAUCGUAUGUUGGAAAACCUAAAGAAUUUUGAUAUAAAUAGUCCUGAAGUUAAGCAGCAGUUUGAUCAAAUCGGCCUUACACCUGAAGAAGUCAUCUCAAAAAUUAUGGCUAACCCUGAUAUUGCAAUGGCGUUCCAGAACCCCAGAGUUCAGCAAGCCAUAAUGGAUGUUUCGCAGAACCCCAUGAAUAUCGUCAAGUAUCAAAACGAUAAGGAGGUCAUGGACGUGUUUAACAAAAUACAACAACUUUUUCCUGGGACAUCCGGCCCUUUCUGAUCCGGUCUGCAAUUCAAGUAGUUCUCGUAUUGGAAAAUGUUGUCCGCUUUGCCGCUAAACCAUUUAUUAUUUCACCAACGUCCGUGAAAGCAUCAACAAAUAUCCAAGGCGGUGUUAAUUUAGGGCUGAAGAGAUUAGAUCCUGGCCUCUGCAAAGUUUAGGUAAAAUCUGCGAGUUAGUAUAUUUAUGAUAUUAUUUUUAGUUUUGCACAAUUAGAUUGUCAUAAAUGUUAUCUUUUGCUUAAAGUUGAAUAUCCCAGCAAUGUUUAUGGUGUUUUUUUUAUCAAUAUGAAUAAGGAAUUUGUUUGUGAUUUCGUAGCAAAGGCAUCGGAAACUCGUACAUUACUUUCUAUGUUCUUAGCUUUGAUCGCUCUUUUUGAAGUCGUGCGGAGAGGUAUGAAGUGUAUGUUCAUGAUUUCGAUGGAAAUUCUACAAUGAAAGACUCGGUUUCUAGAGAAAAUUGUCAUAAUCAUUUAUGUAUAUUUAACCUUACCAAAUGUAAGCAGGGGAGAUUUGAAUGAUCGUGUGUAUGUAACUUUAUCUUUAUAGUAACUAAGAAGCUCAUUUCGAAUAACCCGCAAAGUUUUAAAUCAACCGACAUUAUGUCGGAAAUGAGGUUUCAAAUUGGGCUUGACUUGUAUUUUGACUCCUUGAAUAGUAACAAAAGAUUUAGAAAGAAGUGCUAUAAACUAAACAUUUAACUAACCAAAUGACCCAAAAAA